AUGUCUGACACACCACUGGCAUCCUUGUCUCUUACACAUGUCCACUAUAACCCGGAGGAUCCCCUUUCCUUUGCAUCGGCAUGGCUAGCCCUCUUACCCCAGGCGCUUUGCGUCUCAUAUACGACUUUGAUUUGGGCAACCAGGGAAAUGGAGGUCAUCAUGAUGUUUGCUGGACAGCUAGGCUGUGAAGCAUUAAAUUUUGUGCUGAAGCGUCUCAUCAAGGAAGAGCGACCUAAGGAAAUGCUGGGAAAAGGGUUCGGCAUGCCUUCAUCCCAUGCCCAGUUCAUGACCUUCUUUUCCGUCUACCUCACUUUCUUCCUCCUAUUCCGACACACUCCGGCCUAUGCAACCUCCUAUCCUUUCCUGGGCACCCUCUUGAGAGGGGCUGUGACCUUGAUUCUUUUGGCCGUUGCUGGUGCUGUUGCUACGAGCCGUAUCUACCUGAACUAUCACACUCCUCGCCAAGUGCUGGCGGGCUGUGGAGCUGGUGUGGUGUGUGCCUUUGGCUGGUUUGUUAUCACGGGCUUGCUCCGUCGCUGGGGAUGGAUCGACUGGGCUGUGGAAUUGACACUUUCUCGUCUGCUACGCAUUCGUGACUUGGUGGUAAGUGAAGACCUAGCUGAGGCUGGUUGGCAACGAUGGGAAGUAUUAAGAUUGAAGCGUCGCAGUGACGCCCGCAAGUCCCGCAAGUCGGAAUAA